CAUCACAAAAAUGCCAUCCAAACUCAGCAAGGUCCAGAAGGCGGUGGGCAAGAAAAAGGGCGGCGCCAAGGUCAACAAACUCCACGAAAAUAGCAGAGAUGCUCAGCGAUUACGAAAAGCUGGCGCCAGAGAUGAGAAAGUCUCUAGGGUCGCCUCACAUCGGAAGAAGGAAAACAGAUUAUGGUUGGACCGCCUCGAGUUUCUCAAAGACAAUUUACCCGACACUCUGCAUCCUCUCGACCUGGAUUCCGUCAAGGGACUGAUUACACAAUACCUUAACCGCUACGAUGAAGAGCUCGCACAGCUGAGAGCUGAGCGCAGAGCAGGACGGCCGCCAUCGACCAGGCAGACGCUGUUGGAGCAGCAAUUGGUGAUCGAGUCGCAGGAGUACGAGGGAGGAUUCUGGAUGCCGAACUUGCAGGAUGCCGAGAGUCUGGUCAAGCUUGAUGCGUGGGAUGGACGGUGGCUGGGGUUGGGCAAUCUGAGGUUCGUCAGAGUGCCGAAGGAGGGGACUGUUAAGGAGAGCAGCUUCCCGCCGAGAGGAUCGGUCUAAGACCCCGCAUGAGGCGAUUUGCAACGAACUUCGAGUGAUAUG